AUGAGGGAGGGCGUCAAGCCGGUUCCGUCGCAGCUCCUCCUCCUCCUCCUCCUCCUCCUCCUCCUGCCAGCGUCUGAGAGCCUCAAGUUCAUCUCAAUCGGCAGUGACGACUGGGGACGAUGGUCGAACCAUGGGCCAGUAUGGCCGGACAAGAGCGCUCGACAGAUGUUCGGAGAAGAAGGACUGUGGUUGUCAGGUGGGUCUCCGUCAAGAGCUACAGUAGAGACAAGCUCAGACCUCGACGAGCUGUUCGACCUCCUGAGUCGACUGAACUCGGGGCACCCUUCCCCGAAGCAGGUAGUCAUCACGCCAUUCUGGGUGGUAGCAGGUCCCGACUACGAUAGCAUGAGAGACUCAGGCUGUCCUGGACGUGCAAGCUGCUCGUAUCGUGAGCUCUGGUGGCACAACUCAUCCGGAGGGGCCUCCAGGUCUCCGUAUGAGCGAGGAGAUCUUCGAGCUAAGUACAAGCAAGGCUUCCAGAAGGGCCUCUGGCAUCCCGAGUAUCAUGGGCGGUCGCACUUUGACACGAGCGCUUGGGUUGGCUACUUGAGAGCAGAGGAUGCUAUCACGUCCUGGUACUUCAACAACGGGCUGACCUACUACCACUACGGUCUUCGGAACAGCUCGUCGGGAUUGUUUCACAGCACACAUUCGGAGUACCUGUCGGACGACAGGAGCUAUCAGAAAGACCUUGAGGAGCUGACACGAUGGGUUGAGGAAGGGAUCGAAGGGUUCCAAGAGUUCUGGGGCUAUCGGCCGUCGGUGACAGCCAUGCCGUGCCACUAUGGCCCUCCCACCAUGGGGAGCAUCUUUGUUCGCUCAGGGCUGAGGAUGGUCGAGGGAGAAGCAAGCGGGAGAGGUCUUCUUCCAGGGAUCGCAAGCAUGGCUCGCACUAUGUUCGACCCCGCGUUCGAGGAGGAGGAGAGAUGGGAAGAUUGCUUCAAGGCAGCCAAGAGAGAAAUCCUGAAGCGACUGAGGGAGGAAGACUACGUCGCCCUCCAGUGGCACUCGCAGAACGCUCUCUCCGAGACCUACUCCCCCGAAGAGCAUGCGAAGCUGAUGCAGCUCUUUGCCGACAUGGUCGGAUGGCUCCGUUCGCUCAAGGAGGUUGUGGUCUUCGUGACAGCGUCGGAGCUUCAGCAACUCCGAGACAACAAGUUCUCUUGUGAAGUCUGGGACGGAUACGUGCGAGUGAGGAACUACAAGGAUCAAGUCUCGUCGCUCGCGCUAGCACAACUCGACUGCCUCAAGCAAGGCAGAUACAAGCAAGCGUGUUUCAAGCUUGUUUCUCUCCGAGCGACUGCAAGCGAAGAUGUCGGAAAGGACGUGCACAUGGAUGAAGUAGUCGAUUUUCUCCCUCACGCAGAAUACGUCAUCGAGCUUGACCGAGUCUGCGACCCUCUUCCAGACCAAAAGACUUCAAAGAUCAAAAGAUUGACAAUCACUGCGAAGGAACUCGGAGGAUGCGGCUCAAGCAGAAAUCUAUCGAUCUGCGCUGGUAUCUCCUUUGACUGGAGCGUCUCAGCUCUCGUGGAGAGAAGAUCGACCUGGUCAGUGAGCGUGAGGAUGAAUGGGAUGCAAGCACUUCAUCCAAACUCGUACGCCUCCUUCAGCCUGUCUGCUAUGAACAAGUUCGUGAGUUUUACAGAGUCCGCGAGCUUCGAGCUUUCUCUCUCCGAGGAAGAGCAAGUGACCUCUUCACUCGUCCUCAUCGCUGCCAUCCAUCGCCCAGACGGAGCUCUAACGGGGUGCGGCAGCAUCAGGAAUCUGAAAGAGGAUGAGGAGUGCGAAGCGAGCAUGGCAGUUGAGGUCAUGACAAGCGAAGCCGAGGAAGAGGAGGAGGAGGCAGAGGCGGUGGGCGAGAUGGACAUGGCAUGCCUAGCGGGAGGAGACUCGUGCAACUCUCUGUGCGGAUGGGAGGGAGUAGUCCCCGUUCCUUGCGCAAGGCAAGAAGGCUUACUGGGCAAGGACGAUGAGCUGGUGGCAAAGAGAGCGAAGAGAUUUUCGAUGCAGAAAUCUAUAGCCCCUGAGGAAUGCGAAGUAACCGUCGCCCUGCUCUGCCUGAGUGGAGACAUACAAGCGAUGAAGAGAUUGCUGCUGAGCUUGUUCGACUCAAACAGCUAUCCAGUGCAAGAGAUUCUCAUCCUGGUGCGACGUAACGAGACUUCUGGGUAUAACGAAGAAAUCCUGCAGGAGUUCAAGGGUGUCGCAAUUGUGCGACUGUCGGAGGAGGCAGACGAGCUGCGGGCUGCUGACGUGGCACUUCAUCUCUCCCGGUCUCCUUACAUCUUGUUUGCGAGCAACGAGCCGCUGCUGAGAGCAGAGAGGACGCGGAGCAAUCACGCCUUCUUCCCUCUCGCGACCUCCUGGCGGUCCUCGCAUGCGGGGUUCUCACUGAAAGCCUUUCUGCUGCGACGCGAGAGCUAUGAUAGAAUGCUGCGUCCCCUCGGGUGGCUCCGCUCGUUUCUUGUCGCAAACGCUGUGCUGCGAGCAGGGGGAGCGUCAAUCCUGAGCUUGACUCGAGGAUGGGCGUCGGCCAGCGGUUACUGUACAGUAUAG